CGAGGCCGGGGAAACUUGACUGCGGGGAGAAGUGGGAUCGCAGGCAGGAGGCGUCCCCAGCCCCGCAGGCCGGGUGGGAACAGGACUGGAGACUGAUGCAUGAGGGGCCCACGGAGGCGCAGGAGCGGUGGUGAUGGUUUGGGAAGCGGAGCUGAAGUGCACUGGGCUUUGGUGAGGCGUGACAGUUUAUCAUGACGGUGUUCAGGCAGGAGAACGUGGAUGAUUACUACGACACCGGCGAGGAACUUGGCAGCGGGCAGUUUGCAGUGGUGAAGAAAUGCCGUGAGAAAAGCACCGGGCUACAGUAUGCCGCCAAGUUCAUCAAGAAGAGGAGGACCAAGUCCAGCCGGCGGGGCGUGAGCCGCGAGGACAUCGAGCGGGAGGUGGGCAUCCUGAAGGAGAUCCAGCACCCCAACGUCAUCACCCUGCACGAGGUCUACGAGAGCAAGACGGACGUCGUGCUGAUCCUGGAGCUCGUCGCAGGCGGUGAGCUGUUUGACUUCUUGGCCGAAAAGGAAUCUUUGACUGAAGAGGAAGCAACCGAAUUUCUCAAACAAAUUCUGAAUGGUGUUUACUACCUGCACUCCCUCCAGAUUGCCCACUUUGAUCUGAAGCCCGAAAACAUAAUGCUUUUGGAUAGAAAUGUCCCCAAACCUCGGAUCAAGAUCAUCGACUUUGGGUUGGCCCAUAAAAUUGACUUUGGAAAUGAAUUCAAAAACAUAUUUGGGACACCAGAGUUUGUUGCUCCUGAGAUAGUCAACUAUGAACCUCUUGGUCUCGAGGCAGAUAUGUGGAGUAUUGGGGUAAUAACCUAUAUUCUCCUAAGUGGGGCCUCCCCAUUUCUUGGAGACAGUAAGCAAGAAACGUUAGCAAAUGUAUCUGCCGUCAACUACGAAUUUGAGGAAGAAUACUUCAGUAAUACCAGUGCCCUAGCCAAAGAUUUCAUAAGAAGACUCCUCGUCAAAGAUCCAAAGAAGAGAAUGACAAUUCAAGAUAGUUUGCAGCAUCCCUGGAUCAAGCCUAAAGAUACCCAACAAGCACUUAGUAGAAAAGCAUCGGCAGUAAACAUGGAGAAAUUCAAGAAGUUCGCAGCCCGGAAAAAAUGGAAACAAUCCGUUCGCUUGAUAUCACUGUGCCAAAGAUUAUCCAGGUCAUUCUUGUCCAGAAGUAACAUGAGUGUUGCCAGAAGCGAUGAUACUCUGGAUGAGGAGGACUCCUUUGUGAUGAAAGCCAUCAUCCAUGCCAUCAACGAUGACAACGUCCCAGGCCUGCAGCACCUCCUGGGCUCGUUGUCCAGCUACGAUGUUAACCAGCCCAACAAGCAUGGGACACCUCCGUUACUCAUUGCUGCUGGCUGUGGGAAUAUUCAAAUACUACAGUUGCUCAUUAAAAGAGGCUCAAGAAUUGAUGUCCAGGAUAAGGGUGGAUCCAAUGCCAUCUACUGGGCCUCUCGGCAUGGCCACGUAGAUACCUUGAAGUUUCUCAGUGAGAACAAAUGCCCUUUGGAUGUUAAAGACAAGUCUGGAGAGACAGCCCUCCACGUGGCAGCGCGCUACGGCCACGCCGACGUGGUUCAGUUACUGUGCAGCUUCGGCUCUCACCCUGAUUUCCAGGACAAGGAGGAAGAAACCCCCCUGCACUGUGCCGCCUGGCAUGGCUAUUAUUCUGUGGCCAAAGCCCUCUGUGAGGCUGGCUGUAACGUGAACAUCAAGAACCGAGAAGGAGAGACGCCGCUCCUGACAGCCUCCGCCAGGGGCUACCACGACAUCGUGGAGUGUCUGGCUGAACACGGAGCCGACCUAAAUGCCUCUGACAAGGAUGGACACGUUGCUCUGCAUCUUGCUGUAAGACGAUGUCAGAUGGAGGUCAUCCAGACUCUCAUCAGCCAGGGAUGUCUCGUGGAUUUCCAAGACAGGCACGGCAACACCCCCCUCCACGUGGCCUGCAAAGAUGGCAACGUGCCGAUUGUGGUGGCCCUCUGUGAAGCAAACUGCAGUCUGGAUAUCUCAAACAAGUAUGGACGAACACCUCUACACCUGGCAGCCAACAAUGGGAUUCUGGACGUGGUCCGCUACCUCUGUCUGACAGGCGCCAACGUGGAGGCGCUGACCUCGGAUGGAAAGACGGCAGAAGAUCUUGCUAAAUCGGAACAGCAUGAACAUGUAGCAGGUCUCCUUGCAAGACUCCGAAAGGAUACGCACCGAGGACUCUUCAUCCAGCAGCUGCGACCCACGCAGAACCUCCAGCCACGAAUCAAACUGAAGCUGUUUGGCCACUCGGGGUCUGGGAAAACCGCUCUGGUGGAAUCUCUCAAGUGUGGGCUGCUGAGGAGCUUCUUCCGAAGGCGCCGGCCCCGGCUCUCCUCCACCAGCUCCACCAGGUUCCCGCCCUCGCCCCUGGCUUCCAGGCCUGCAGUCUCCGUGAGCAUCAACAACCUGUACCCGGGCUGCGAGAACGUGAGCGUGCGGAGCCGCAGCAUGAUGUUCGAGCCGGGCCUCACCAAAGGGAUGCUGGAGGUGUUCGUGGCCCCGUCCCACCACCCGCACUGCUCUGCUGAUGACCAGUCCACCAAAGCCAUUGACAUCCAGAACGCCUAUUUGAACGGAGUUGGCGAUUUCAGUGUGUGGGAGUUCUCUGGAAAUCCUGUAUACUUCUGCUGUUAUGACUAUUUUGCUGCAAAUGAUCCCACGUCGAUCCAUGUCAUCGUUUUUAGUCUAGAAGAACCCUAUGAGAUCCAGCUGAACCAAGUGAUUUUCUGGCUCAGUUUCCUGAAGUCUCUUGUGCCAGUUGAAGAACCCAUAGCUUUCGGUGGCAAGCUGAAGAACCCACUCCGAGUGGUCCUGGUGGCCACGCACGCCGACAUCAUGAAUGUUCCUCGUCCAGCGGGAGGCGAGUUUGGAUAUGACAAAGACGCGUCGUUGCUGAAGGAGAUCAGGAACAGGUUUGGGAACGAUCUCCACAUUUCAAAUAAGCUGUUUGUUCUGGACGCCGGGGCUUCUGGGUCUAAGGACAUGAAGGUACUUCGAAAUCACCUGCAAGAAAUACGGAGCCAGAUUGUUUCGGUCUGCCCUCCAAUGACGCACCUGUGUGAGAAAAUCAUCUCCACACUGCCUUCCUGGAGGAAGCUCAACGGGCCUAACCAGCUGAUGUCGCUGCAGCAGUUCGUGUAUGACGUGCAGGACCAGCUGAACCCCCUGGCCAGUCAGGAGGACCUCAGGCACGUAGCCCAGCAGCUGCACAGUGCUGGCGAGAUCAACAUCAUGCAGAGUGAAACAGUCCAGGACGUGCUGCUCCUGGACCCCCGCUGGCUCUGCACCAACGUCCUGGGGAAGCUGCUCUCCAUCGAGACCCCACGGGCCCUGCACCAUUACCGGGGCCGCUACACCAUGGAGGACGUGCAGCGCCUGGUGCCCGACAGCGACGUGGAGGAGCUGCUGCAGAUCCUAGAUGCCAUGGACAUCUGCGCCCGGGACCUCAGCAGCGGGACCAUGGUGGACAUCCCUGCCCUGAUCAAGACAGACAACCUGCACCGCUCCUGGACAGACGAGGAGGAUGAGGUGAUGGUCUACGGUGGCGUGCGCGUCGUCCCCGUGGAGCACCUCACCCCCUACCCGUGUGGCAUCUUUCACAAGGUCCAGGUGAACCUCUGCCGGUGGAUCCACCAGCAGAACGCCGAGGGAGAUGCCGACAUCCGCCUGUGGGUGAACGGCUGCAAGAUUGCCAACCGUGGGGCCGACCUGCUGGUGCUCCUGGUCAACCAUGGCCAGGGCAUCGAGGUCCAAGUGCGUGGUCUGGAGACAGAAAAGAUCAAGUGCUGCCUCCUGCUGGACUCGGUGUGCAGCACCAUCGAGAACGUCAUGGCCACCACACUGCCAGGGCUGUUGACGGUGAAGCAUUACCUGAGCCCCCAGCAGCUGAGGGAGCACCAUGAGCCAGUCAUGAUCUACCAGCCGAGGGACUUCUUCCGGGCGCAGACCCUGAAGGAGACCUCGCUGACCAACACCAUGGCUGGGUACAAGGAAAGCUUCAGCAGCAUCCUGUGCUUCGGCUGUCACGAUGUCUACGCGCAGGCCAGCCUGGGGAUGGACAUCCAUGCGUCAGACCUGAACCUCCUGACUCGGAGGAAACUCAGUCGCCUGCUGGACCCGCCCGAUCCCAUGGGGAAGGACUGGUGCCUUCUUGCCAUGAACUUGGGCCUCCCCGACCUUGUGGCAAAGUACAACACCAAUAAUGGGUCUCCCCAGGAGUUCCUCCCAAGCCCGAUCCACGCCCUGCUCCAGGAAUGGACCUCCUACCCCGAGAGCACGGUCGGCACCCUCAUGUCCAAACUGCGGGAGCUGGGGCGCCGGGAUGCGGCCGACUUUCUACUGAAGGCAUCUUCUGUGUUCAAAAUCAACCUCGACGGCAGUGGCCAGGAGGCCUACGCCUCAAGCUGCAACAGUGGCACAUCUUAUAAUUCCAUUAGCUCGGUCGUGUCCCGGUGAGGGCAGCCUUUGUUUUGGGCAGGGUCUCUUCAGACUGCAGAAGCAAGGGGGAUGCAGCCCAUCUUUCCCGUCGGAGAUUCUGGGUGCAUCCAUUC